AUGCCCCAACUCUCCGGGGCCGGCGGCGGCGGCGGGGGAGACCCGGAACUCUGCGCCACCGACGAGAUGAUCCCCUUCAAAGAUGAGGGCGAUCCUCAGAAGGAGAAAAUCUUCGCAGAAAUCAGUCACCCCGAAGAGGAAGGCGACUUAGCCGACAUCAAGUCCUCCUUGGUUAACGAGUCUGAAAUCAUCCCGGCCAGCAACGGACACGAGGUGGCCAGACAAGCACAAACCUCUCAGGAGUCCUACCAUGACAAGGCCAGAGAACAUCCUGAUGACGGAAAGCAUCCAGAUGGAGGCCUCUACAAUAAGGGACCCUCCUACUCGAGUUAUUCCGGGUACAUAAUGAUGCCAAAUAUGAAUAAUGACCCAUACAUGUCAAAUGGAUCUCUUUCUCCACCCAUCCCAAGAACAUCAAAUAAGGUGCCCGUGGUGCAGCCAUCGCACGCGGUUCAUCCUCUCACCCCCCUUAUCACGUACAGCGACGAGCACUUUUCUCCAGGAUCACACCCCCCACACCUCCCAUCAGAUGUCAACUCCAAACAAGGCAUGUCCAGACAUCCUCCAGCUCCUGAGAUCCCUACCUUUUAUCCCCUGUCUCCAGGUGGUGUUGGACAGAUUACCCCACCUCUUGGCUGGUUUUCCCAUCAUAUGAUUCCUGGUCCUCCUGGUCCCCACACAACUGGCAUCCCUCAUCCAGCUAUUGUAACGCCUCAGGUCAAACAGGAGCAUCCCCACACUGACAAUGACCUAAUGCACGUGAAGCCUCAGCAUGAACAGAGAAAGGAACAGGAGCCAAAAAGACCUCACAUUAAGAAGCCUCUGAAUGCUUUUAUGUUAUACAUGAAAGAAAUGAGAGCGAAUGUCGUAGCUGAGUGUACUUUAAAAGAAAGUGCAGCUAUCAACCAGAUUCUAGGCAGAAGGUGGCAUGCCCUCUCCCGUGAAGAGCAGGCUAAAUACUACGAAUUAGCACGGAAGGAAAGACAGCUACAUAUGCAGCUGUAUCCAGGCUGGUCUGCAAGAGACAAUUAUGGUAAGAAGAAGAAGAGGAAGAGAGAGAAACUCCAGGAAUCGACAUCAGGUGGAAAACGAAGCUCAUUCCCAACGUGCAAAGCCAAGGCAGCGACCCCGGGACCUCUUCUGGAGAUGGAAGCUUGUUGAAAACCCAGACUGUCUCCAGGGCUUGCCCAGUCGACCCCAAUGGAGAAUUGACACCACCUUCACCCUGAGGUCAAUGCUAGAGACACUGAUCCAUAAAGACAAUCACUGCCAAACCCCCUUUCAUCUACUGCAAGAGCCAAGUUCCAAAAUAAAGCAUAAAAGGUUUUCUAAACGAGAAGUACAAAGCCCCUGAGAUUGCUAGCAGGCCGAGCAGCUGCCCUUCCUCUCCACGUGCACUUCCCAGAGCGUCUUGCGUCCAUACCUGUAACCCUUUGGCAAGGACAGUAACUUGGCUACAUUCGCCUGCCGGGAGCGACUGGAGCCGGCAGCCAGCGCAUCCAUCAUCAGCAUCCUGGUGGGGGACUUUGUGGAAGAGUUCCCGCUUUGUUUCGGUCUUCAUUUUUUUUUUCCUCCUUUCUCCUAAAGCUUUUAUUUAACAGUGCAAAAGGAUCAAUCUUGUGUUUGCUUUUUUUUUUUUAAACUUGAAUUUUUUUAAAUUUUCACUUUUUAGUUUUAACUUUCUUGUAUAUUUUGCUAGCUAUGAGCUUUUGAGUAAAAUUCAAAGAUCUGGAAAAGUUUGAAAUAAAAAAUGAAAAGAAGCCGCCCUUUUUUGAGCGGUAUCUUGUCAGACAAGUGGCUUCUCUGUGAAUUACUUGUAACAAAUAGUGGCCUCUCUGUCUUUGUAAGGUGUUGGAUAGAGCUAAAUAAAUGCGACAGCCAAACCCACCCUGUUGGGAGCA